AUGGGGACGGCGAUCAUGAUGAACACCGGCGACAUGAAGCUCGUCCCGCCUGGCAUCCCGCACGUCGUGGAGAAGAAGACCAGGUCUACCAUCGUGCGCAGCAGUCACGGCUUCAACGAGACCAACUCACCGAUCACGUUCAGCGCCGAGGGCGGCUGCGAGACCACCGACGACGACGAGCCCACCUUCAUGGAUAUCAAGCAAGGAGCGACUUCAAGGGCGACUUCCAGCCUCCUGUGCAAGAACAACAUCGAGGGCCACGCCGAGCCCAACUUCGACCCCGAUGGGCUUGCCAAGUGCGACAGUGCGGACCGCUUCGAGUCCGACGUCGAGGACAUCGGCGACCCCGACAACGAGGGUUGCAUCGAGCCCAACGAGAGCAGCCAGAGGCAGUACACGGAGGAGCAGCUCGCGUCUCUCGGUGCUGAGCGUCUGGCGACCCUGAAGCGUUUGGGCUACAUCGCCUGCAGAACGGCGGCCGCCUGCGCCGCGGGCGCCGCUGGGCCGCCGGCCGAGGGGCGGCCGCGCCGGCGGCGCGGGCGGCGCACCUGGCUGGCGGGGGCCAAAGUCUACAUGCGUCCUAGAUGCGAGGCCGUGCGGUCCUGGGCGGGGCUGGAGCUCGCCAACCUCACCAAGCACGAGGGCGAGGCGGCCGCCCUGCGGGCAGAGCUCGCGGGCGCGCGGGCGGCGAGCGGCGAGCUGCGCGCCCAGCACGGCAGGGAGGCCCAGGCGCUCGGCGCGGAGCUGCAGGCCGAGAGGAGCAGGAGCGCCGGGCUGCAGCGGAGUCUGGAGGGCAGCUCGCGGGAGCUCGCCGACGCGGCCCAGCGGCAUGACGCCGAGGUCCGGGCUCUUACCGGCGCGCAGCUCAUGGCCGCGCGGGAGACGACGACGAGCUCCGCCGCAGGAGGGAGGGCCACGCCCGGGAGCUCGCCGCCGCCCGCUGCGCCCUGCGGCGGGCAGAGGAGGACGCGGGCGAGAUGCGGGCGGAGAACGCGAGGCUGCGGGCGCAGCUGCAGGCCCGGCAGCGCUCGGACGCGGGCGCGGGCCGCCACCCACGGACGAGGAGGUGGUGCGCCGCCUCGCGGAGCUGGAGUGCCGCUCGCUGCGGGGCUCCCGGGACGCGGAGCGGCUGAAGAAGAGGCUGCUGCUCAAGUGGCACCCCGACAAGCAGCCCGACCCGCGGGGCACCGACCUCGCCACCAAGGUCGUCCAGGAGAUGCAGAACCUGCCCGAGUGGGCGCCGUAGGCGCAGCGGGCGCCCCCGUGAGAGGCCCGGCCCGAGCGGAGGGGGUCCUCGUCGCGGCCUCGCCGCCGAGGUCGUCCAGGAGAUGCAGGACAGGCCGCAGCGGGCGCCGUGGGCACCGCGGGCGCCCUCUUCUCAGGCCCGGCGAGCGACGCGGGUCUAGCGAGCGCCGGGCGUUGCGCCGUGCGCUCCGCCGCUUCCCAGGCCUCCUCUGCGCUCUCCGCGCAGGUAUCCGUCCUCCCUCUUGCUUGUCUCUCUCGUUGCAUCUCGGUUUUUGUCCGCCCUCCCCCCGCAGGCCGCGGGGGUGGGGGCGCGAGGGCUUGAGUCGCUCGUUCGACAGCACCCGACCGCGGCGCCGAGUCGCUGGGGUGGCCGGUGCGUCCCAGAAGUGGUCUCGAGGCCGUGGCCGCGGGGGCGAAGGGGGCGCUCCGUUUGCUGGCACUCCUCGUCUGGUAGUUUUUCGUUUCUGUGCCGCCCCGUCUCCGUCUUUGCCACCGGUGGGAGGCCGCACCUUUUGA